CGACUUCAGCUUUGCGUUCGCGAACGCGUUCUUGCCGGCUCCCGGACGAAUAUAUCAACACAAAAGCUCAACACGCGCCCGAAAAUCCAACCCGAGACACAAACUCCCCCAGUGAGAGUACGCAUACCGCAAAUAAGGUCGUUCUGUACCCGAAUCAAGCAAGCUGCUACAAGAAAUGGACGACUACCGCCCCUCCUCAUCAACCUCCCACCAAAAUCCCGAAGAACUCCUCUCCCCACUCGAGCAAGAAGUCCUAGACGAAUAUGCAAGACUCGUCGGAAACUUGGAUGAUCUAGCAAAUGUCCUCAACGACCUCGCAGCGAAGCCUUCAGCUGAGAUCUUAGAUUCUCUGCGAGGGUUGGAGAGGAAGACGACGACGGUGUUUACGUUGUUGAAGGCGAGCGUUUAUUCGAUUGUUUUGCAGCAGGAGAUUCGGGAUGCGGCGGAGGAUGAAGAUUUUGGGGAUGCGGGGAGUGUAGGGAUGGGAGUGGGGAGGUGAGAUCAAGGUGAAUGGUAUCGAUAUGGGUUUGCAUGGAGUUUGAGCGAGGAGUUGGGUGGGAGAUUUCGGCGUUUGUGUUUCUGAUCUGGGAAGAUUCUGCUUUGCGAGCAGCGAGGAGAAGUUCCGUGGAGUGAGCAUGCAAGAGAAGUGAGAAAGGACACUCAGGGAAAUUAGAGUCAAGCUCGCAUGGUGCUAAGUGU